UGAAGUCUGAUUGCUAAAUACACUGAAAUGAUAGAACCAUCAACAAGUAUACUAUAAUGGUUUGCCUCUUGCUGCUUAGGAAUUGACUAAAGUAAUCUCAGGUAGCAGAUUCUUGCAAUUUUUAACACCAUGAAGGCUGUCAGCCAAGCUGUGACUAGUGUAAAAGCAAUGAUCAGGACAGCUAGCCAAAAGAUGUCACCCACCGUUAGCUCCUUUGUUUCGUAUAUCUCGUCCUAAAUGUGCCUAGUAUGAUUUUUAGCAGGGUAUAAUUAUUAUAGACAGGGUUAAAAGAAUUUUUCUCGAAUGAUCUGACUCAAAACAUUGCUCACUAUUCGACCAGUGUUAAUUUUACAUGAACCUAUAAUACAAAAAUUAUAAUAUUUAGAAAUAAAUGGAGGAAGACAAGCAACAAGUCUACAACAAAAUCAAAUCAAAGAGGAGCAAAGGAUCCAAGCCAAUCUCAGUAAGAAUUAUACUUAUCAAUUACUCCCAUCUUCACUUCUAGAAACAAGUAAUUCAAAGUCUCUCGAACCAGCACAAAACCAAAGGUAAAUGGAGAAAUAGUGAACACAUGCAGUUCAUCGAGUGUUUCAGAAAACACGGCACCAACUGGGACAAACUCGAAAAAUCAGUCCCUACCAGAACCAGCCUGCAAGUGAGGGCUCAUGCACAGAAGUUCUUCGAGAAAAUCACCGACAACUACAAAGUGGACAACCCUGUGGAGUUCUACCUGAAGAACCUCAGGAACCACCAGAUGGAUCUGGACCACAACAUUGAAGAGCAGCUGCAGAAUCCCAGAGUCUCAAUCAUUCAGAAACAAGUGGGUCCCAGGCAUAAUGAGGCUGUAUCAAAUAAAGAGCAAGAUGAGUUCACUUUUGAGAGGAAUAAUGAACAUAAGAAUCAGCAUAAAAGCCUGAUCAAUAGAAAGAGGACAAACAAACAACUCUUCAAGUCAUCAAAUAAGCCCUCAGACGAACAUGGAUCAGGCUCUCUAAGCAAGCCAAUGAAGUACCUCAAAGACAGUUCUGGCAACCACCAUGACGCAUCGACUGGAAUCUCAUCCAGCUACUUGUGCUUGAAUGGAGGUGAAAUUUUGAUCAAAGGCAACGGCAUCAAAACCACAGCUCCAUGUGACAUCCAGAAUAUCAGGAUGCUCAAUGGAUCCGAGCAAACUAUGAUUUGUGCAAAUCAGCCUGUACAAAUCACAAUCACACCAAUCUCACAAGGGCAAUCCGCUAACAAUUCAAUUGUGUUCAACCACAACAUUGGUUCAUUCAUACCACCAUCUGGAUCAGGGAUGCCAGAGCCCGACAGAAGGGUGAUGUCUUCACAAAGUGACAGCACCAACUACCAGCUCAUCAUGGGCAUUCUAGAGAACAACUACUGUCUCCGAGACAUCAGAGGGAUGUGUGGGCUAAGCUCUGAAUGCAGAGUAAGUUCUUUGACAAGCAGUGGAUUGAACCCAAACAACAGAGAAAGCGUGAGUUACCCAUCAUCAUCACCAUUCAGAGUGGGCCAACAAGAGAGCAAGCCCUUGAAUAGUAACACUAGAAACAACAGAAAGAGCAACUCUGAACCGAUGGUUCACAACAGGAUGAAUAAGAACUUCUUCAAAAAUGUAGACUUCCAGGGUAAAAACUCAGAGGGAGAAAUAGCUAGCAAGGGAUCAUCCCAACUCAGUGGCUAA